AUGGCUAUGAUAACAUUCACAUAUCCCGGUGAACAAUCUGAGAAUAGAUAUGAAUGUAAAGUUUCAAUCGAACAGGUGUUAGAAGAAACACUUGUGAGUGACAAUCUUACACAGCAUGAAGAUACCGAUAGAACUACCGAUAAGAUACCAUAUUGCGAACAUUGUAAAAAGAGAUGUCCUGAGUCGUGUUUAAAAGAGCAUAUACAAACGCAUACCAAAGUUAAGCCAUAUCAAUGUGAACAAUGCGAGAAGAGUUAUGCCUGGGCACAUACUCUCGAAACCCGUAUGCGAACACAUACCAAAAGAAAAAGGCGUUAUCAUUGUGAGCAUUGUCGGAAGAAGUUUUUUGAUUCAGAGUCUUACGAACAGCAUAUAAAGGCAACACAUGAAGAAUCUAAUCAAUGUCAACAAUGUAGGAAGAGUUUUGCCACACAAAGAGGUUUCAAGCGGCAUAUGCUUAAGCAUACAACUGAGACGCUAUAUCAUUGUGAGCAGUGUGAAAUGAGUUUUAUUAGGUACUGUAAUCUUAAACAGCAUAUGGUUACGCAUACGAUUCGGAAGCCUUAUCAGUGUGAACAAUUUGCAGUGAACAGCAAAGAAAGAGUUGGAAAAAUACAUGUAUCAGAAUUGUAUUCAAUAAGAUGA